GGAUCUUUGAACUUGAAGGGUCAUUUUCUAUUUUUCCAGGAAUCAGGAACGCAGCAUUUUUUGCAUCUGCCGUCAUAUAUUAGCGACACGGCGCAUGUGACGUCAGCAAGUGGCGACUGCAUAUGUUUUGGUCAAUGUGGGUUCCACAGUGACAGGACUAUUGAAUCUUUUAUCCAUUUAAAUACAUAAUUUCUUUUUUUAUUCUUUUCAUCAUUUGUGAGUGGAAAAUGUCUGUUUUUCACGACGAAGUGGAGAUCGAAGACUUCGAAUACGACGAAGACACGGAAAUGUUUUACUUUCCGUGUCCCUGUGGAGACAAAUUCGCCAUAAGCAAGGAGGAGCUGGAAAACGGUGAAGACGUGGCCACGUGUCCAAGCUGCUCACUGAUUGUCAAGGUCAUCUAUGACAAGGAGUCCUUCAUGGCGGGUGAAAUCCUGGAGGCGCCGUUAGGAAGCAAAGUGGAGAUGCUUCACACCUGAUCACCCAUGAAGGUGACCUUCAUGCCUGCUGAUUUCCACGUUCAGGGCAAACCUCCACCUCUCUACCUUCUCCUCCACCUGUUCUCUGCUCUCACUGCAGAUCACAAUGUCAUCUGCAAACAUCAUAGUCCAUGGAGAUUCCCGUCUAACCUCGUCUGUCAGUCUGUCCAUCACCAUAGCGAACAAGAAG